AUGGCGCGACGACCUCCUUCAAGACGAUCGACAUCGAUGGAGGACGACACACCGCGAAUGUCAUCCAUAGAAACCCCAAAUCCCAAUGUUUUCAGUGAUGAUUAUGCCGUUGACCCUGCAGAGUCAAUAGGCACCGCCAGUCCCACGGACUCGAUUGGCAGCCGGCCGGAAGAGCUGAACCUAGACCAGCGCAAUCACGCAAUCAACAAUCCACGCGAAUACACACCUGCUGGACUUCCUGGAAACACAUUCGGCCUCAACCGACUUUCAGUCUCCAAGAGAAACCUCCCAGCCGAAUCCUCUGCCCACCCUCAUCGAGCCGUAUCAACCUCUUCCCGUUCCAUUGCAGACACCCGAAGAUCCCUCAGCACCUCCUCCCGAUUCUCCAUCCCACGGGCUCAGAGUCCUUAUAGAGGGCCUACCGCCCCAAGUCAGCCAUAUGGCUUAUACCCCCAAGUUACAAGAGCAUCUAGCGUUAUCAGCGAUUCGACAAUUCGGCCCCUGGAAUUGCCCUUUGUCCCACAAGGUGGACCAGAGCACCCAUACUCUAUGUACCCUCAAAACACAGUCCCCGAGGAUGACAGUUCGGAUAUUGGGUUAGGAUUUCCUGGAAUGGGUCAAUCAUAUCCUUCGCCUGACACAUCUUCUUCCAGUAAUGAAGUUGGCGACAUUGUCGGCAGUGAUGGCCACAUUGAGCAAUUACCGCCCUACAGCCGCUAUGCCGACAACGUGAUCGCGAAAGGAGACAUGGCUAGAAUAGACCCGCAGACGUCGACCAUCACCGAAGAAUCCGGUCCUGCUCUCACUUUACAGCCUCCCGAAGCCUCUGCGUCAGAUGUUGAGCUAACUGCUGUUGGCCCAGGCCCUUCUCAAGACGAAGUCGCCAGGAAAGAAGGGCUACGCGAGAAGCGACGGAGAAGAACAUGCUGUGGAUUACCCAUCUGGACGAUCGUGGUUGUCACUGCAAUCGUCGUAUUGGCAGCAGUAAUUGGCGGUGUGAUUGGCGGUCUCGUGGGAAACCAACAUGGAACACACCAAGCCGAGGUCGCAGCAACUACAACCGUUUGGCUCGAUGCUGACCCCGCUCAAACUGGUCCGUCGACACCUUCAUGUCCAACAGGCCAUUACACCAUCCCCCUCAAUCAGACAGAGGACAUAAAUUCAUGCGUCAUCGAUCAUGAGUACUCCCACACUUGGGCUUGUCUAGAUUUCGCGUUACUGGGGAUCAAUGUCUUCGCAAAUGGCCCGAAUUAUUCGGUAGUGUUCGACGACUACUCGGUGAGACCUCAAUUGUUCAGGUAUGGACCACAACCUCCCGAUUUCAACGGGACAUCUUUCUCGAUGCAACCAUACAACGACAAGGAAGACGACCAACUCGGUGUCGCCCUCUUUUUCAGUGUUCUUUUCGACAAGCUUAUCAUUGUUCCUGCUGAUCAGCUCUCUCCUGAACCUGGCCCAAUGAAACGCUCCGUAUCCGCACUGGAGUUGGCUGGCAGGGGCUUGCCUUAUCCGGGAGCAAACUACCUCAGCAUCGGGGACAAGCCCUGGUACUGUUUCUGGAACUCUUCCGUCAGCGAAUUCUGGGUCUUUUUGGACCAAAACAUGAAUGACGCCUAUGAGACGUAUAGCUCUACCUCUACCAUAACGUCUGUAUCCAGCAACCCCACCAACACAGGCUCUCACAGCAUGACACAAAAUGCGCCUGUCUACGGCAGUGGCCCAACCACUACGAACCCAUCAACCACCACGCCGUACCCAAGUGACCCGACCGAUGCUGACUACUGGGCCGGCACGAAAGUCAAGCGUCAAGCCACCGGUGGGUCACCGGAUUACCCCAAACUUGUCAAGAUGGUGGAGAAGCGGAAGCCUGACAACAAUGUGCAACCGUAUUGCCAACAAAUGCAAGUCCUCAACAAUUGGCAAAUCAUGCCCAUACCCAAUGUGCCGACCAUCUGCAUCGAUGAGAGUGACUACGGGACCCCGACGCCGGGCCCCAGCAAGAAGAGGAUGAUACGCAGAGGGCCCCCAAACACGGUGGAGCAGCUGGGAUCGAAUUGUAUUUGCGAGUGGUUCAGUGUAUAG